GUCACUCGGGGGCUCUUCCAGCCCCUGCUCCCCGGUCCGGUCCUCGUGCCCCGCCAAGAGCCUGGGCGAAAGCUGCCCUAAAUGGAAGCCGGACGGGAGCUGGACAGCAGCCGCUGGCCCCGGGGAGGAAGAUGCAGUGCAGAGACAGCCAGCUUAGCAUGGAGUUGAACCGGCUGCUGCUCCUCACAGCCUUCCUCCUCCACAUCAAGCUGUCCAGGCUGAGCCCGGCCCGGCUGGUCUGCGACAACCGGCUGAUCCAGAAAUACAUCAGCGAAGCCAAGGACAUGGAGAAGAGAGUGAACCAGUGCCAGGAGCUCCCCUCGCUAACCCAGCCCCUUCCUCUGCCCAUGGUGGACUUCAGCCUCCGGGAAUGGAAAACAAAGCCAAAUGAGACGAAAAGGCAGGAGAUCCUCUGGGACCUGGCACUGCUGGUGGACGCGGUGACUGCUGCGCAGGGCCACUUGAGGCAGGAGUGUGCAGCUGCCCUCCUGGAGCAGCUCUACAAGAAAGCCAACUCCUUCCUCCUGCUCCUGAAGACCUUCAGCUGGCAGGUCAGUGCCUGGCAGCCGGACCACACCUCCCGGACAACCUUGCAGAGCCACCCCAGUGUGAUAUUUCUGGUCUACCGGCAGCUUGUGCAAGGCAAACUGCACUUCCUCUUCCAUGACCUGGCAAAGGAUUUCUGCCAGGAAGGAAGCCGGGGGGUGCCAGAGCCCCCAAGCACCCCAUGUCCCCGGCUGCCUCAAGGGGACAGUGAAAGCCCUGCCUGCUGAUGGGGGUGUCCACCAGACCACAGGUGGAGACUGAGUGGGAAGGAAGCAGACCCUGGCCCCCAACUCUCCAGGAGGAGGGGGGGGGGGAAGAGCAGGUCAGAGGGCCCUGCUGAAGCAGAGGAGAGGUCACGCCCAAGGACAUAACAGCUGGCAGAGGACGAGAAAGGGGGCUCCUUCAGCCCUAGAGAGGCCCCCCACUGAUGGGUCGGUGAACGUCGACCCACAGCGAAGACUUGAGAGCUGAGCAAAAAGGGGCUUGGCCCCGAGACUGGGCGGGGCCAGAGGAUACGGUUCUCCGCUCUGCACAUGCCAGGAAAGGGAGAGGACUCUGCCCUCUGAGGAGGGGCUCCUGUGGGCGCAUGGCAAGGCAGGACUCAUUGGCAUAGGCCUCUGAAUCCAGUCGGCACACAUGCAACACACGCGGACUCGUCCCCACCCCAGGCCAUGUGUGAGAGAACUCACUGCCCAUCCACCAGCCCCGUCUCCAGUCGACCACUGCGUACUCCACGGGUUGGAGGACUCGCUGUGCCAGGGGAUCAGCUGGCAGAACGCAGCUGUGGACUUACGCACUUGUGGGUACACGAUCCUGCGGCCCCAAGGCUCAUGCCCCCAGGUCUCCAUGCAUCAUCCCAGCCCAGCCUCCCCGCACAGAGGGUAAUGCUGCACUUGCUGUUUAUUGCAACUGUGGAAGUGGAAAGGAGAUGGAUUCAGGCUGCUUGCUAGAGUUAAGGAGGAGGGAGGGGGUGGGUGUCUUUUACCGGGAAAACGUCAUAUGAUUAAAGAGCUUAUUUUUCUAAAGAGCCCUGGGAUCUCACUUAACUGGGGAAAAAGCUCAGAUGAACAGAGUGGGGCUAGCGGGGGACACGGGCCUGGUCGCUGGGGGUCCAUGCACGGGGUGGGGGAGGCAGCCUUUUUAUUCUGGGGACUUCAGUGAGAAACAGACUCUCUUCCACCCACCUCCCCGUCCCGCUCAGGGGAGCGUGUGUGGGGGUGGUGGGGGCAGUGCUCCACCCUCCCCUGAGAAUUAGGUAUCCAGCGCCCUCCUGUGGCCGCUGCAGGAACGGCUGGCAGACAGGUGCCUUUCCCAGAAACAGAGCGAGCUCCGGCUCUCACACCUUCUCCUAGCCUGGCCCCUUCCAAGGCUAGCGCAUCUCGCAGGCAUCUCCCCUCUCACCCCUCCCCUGCAUCAAUUUCUAGGCUGAAUUAAAUGGAAGGAGGCAGCAUUAAGGAGACUAAGGCCAGGUCUAUGCUACAGUAGAAAGGUCUCCUUGGGCACUGGCAUUUCAGGGCCCUUCACGCCUUUGAUUGUGGUGUAAUUUUCACUAAGCUCCAGGCAGCAGAGAGGAAUCUAAGGGCCAGGAUUCAGCCCCCGAAUGAAACCAGCGAGCCUGGGUAUGCUCAGGAGAGCUGUGUCUGGUGACACCGACUCUACAUCUGGCUUUCAGGCCUUCCCUCCAUCUGGAGGGGCACGAGCUCCUGGGCUGGCAGAGCUUGUCCCAGUCCCCUAUACAAAAAACUCUAUUGGCAAAAGGUCUUUUUUGCUGGCGCCAAGGACCUUUAUUGCCAUAGCUGCACUGGCCAAACUCUGCCUGCGGCUGGUCGCUAAGGGCCACCCCUUGUGUUGGAAGACUUGGAGCACAAGUUCUCCAGCAGGGGGAGCUCUCUCCCCUUUUUAUUGCAGCUGGACAAGCAGCGGGCCCCAAAACUUUGUAGAAUCGUAAUCCAGGGUGAUGGUCUGGAUACAGCCAGCAAUGACUGGCGUGGGUAAUGGAGGACAAGAGCAGAGUCAACUCAGAGACAGAAUGAAAUGUCUCUAGCCCUUAAGAGUCACAAAGGAAACCCUCCAGUGUAACUAGUGCAGCGAUGCCUGAAACAAGUGACCGACGCAGUCCUGUCUGCGCACCAACAAGCCAUUGUGCGGAAAGGCGUGAACUCCCCGUCUUAAACACCAGUGGUUUUAGCUGUGUCACUACGUUAUGGUCUCACACUUGCUAGCGUGAUGUAAGCAGAGACAAAUCCGAAGCACUCACUUUAGUAAAGAACCAGGUGAGGCUGGCUCAGUAACGGCUCCCCAUCCUGCUCCCAGCCAACAGAGAGGCCACAAAACACAAGGCCUGCUGGAAAUGGUGCAGGCUUUGCCUUGCAUCACUCCAGAGGGUCCAGACAGGCCAAUGGAGCUGAAAUCCAGCGGCUGUUGAAUACAAGGGUCCUGGUCCCGGCCAGCAAGGCCGUGUCUAUUUGCAAAGCCUGCGUGUGAGGCAGGGUCCCAGGUGCAGCCGCAGUCCCCAGCUGCUUGGCCCCCUGCGGUUAGAAGGCCAGUUUCUUCAUCAGGAG